UUUUGUUUUUAUUUUCCAACAAACCGAUAUUACGCGGUCCAAAUCGACCACAAUAUAAGCCCCUUUUUUAGGGUUCCAAAAAAACAUCCUUACCUUAGUCUUUCAAAUCCCCUUUAUGUUUUUCUCUUUCCUUGUCUACUGAAAUGCCUCAAGUCUCAUUACUUUUUUCCUCUCAUUUCAGUGAAACGUAAGAUUUGAGAGGCUUCAGAAUUUGGAGGUCUCAAGGUAAAGCUCAUUUUGGGGUACUUGAAUUUUGAAUCAUUUCCUUGAUCAUAUUUAGGUUUUUGUGGGUUUGUCACGGAUUUUCAUUUGAAAGUUUGGAUCUUUGUCUAAGAUUGUUCCAUUUGUGUAUGUAAAUCUGGGGUUUCAGCUGGGAAAAUCUUGAAUUGUCCAAUUAAGCUGUUUUUUUCCAUCUAAAUUCCGCUUUUAUCUCUUGAUAUCUGUCCUAAAAAAGCAAUAUUUUGGUUUCCCUUUUUGAGAGCUUUGGGUUUGAAUUUCAAGAUUUUGUUGGGGGGCUAUUUGAUUGUUUCAUGUAAAAAUCAAGAAAUGCCAGCUACAGAUUAUCAAGGGGCAUCUGCAUCUUUUACAACAUUUGGACGGUCCAUUUUGAGCAUACGUAGUCGUGAUCAAGUGCAUUCUAUGGAAUCUUCUCAUGAGGGUACAAGCCAAGAGCUUGAGCUUGAAGCUUUUCAAAAGCAAGUAGCUGAGGGUUUCAAUGAUUUGGCAUCUGCUGACUCUGAUCAGCUUCUUUCGAUUCCGUGGAUUAGGAAACUUUUGGAUGUGUUCCUUUCUUGUCAAGAACAGUUCAGGUCCAUUUUGUUUAAGAAUAAAGGGUGCUUGAAUAAAUCCCCUAUGGACCGUUACAUAACGGAAUAUUUCGAAAGGAGUUUGAAAGCAUUAGAUGUGUGUAAUGCGAUUCGAGAUGGGAUUGAGCUGAUCAGGCAGUGGCAGAAGCAGCUGGAGAUUGUUUAUUACGCAUUGGACAAUCAGAGGAGUAUUGGGGAAGGCCAAAUUCGUCGUUCCAUGAAAGCGUUGAUUGAUUUGGCGAUUGGCAUGCUUGAUGAAAAAGAGUCUAAUUCAAGUUUUGCUCAUAGAAACAGGUCGUUCGGACGAAACAAUGCUCAGAAGGAUCAUAAUUCGUUGGGCCAAUUUCGAUCGUUGUCGUGGAGUGUAUCGCGGAAUUGGUCUGCUGCUAAGCAGCUUCAAGCAAUUGGUCAAAACUUAGUUGCUCCCAAAACUAAUGAAAUUAUUGCCACCAAUGGAUUAGCAGUAGCUGUUUUUACAAUGAGCUAUGUGCUUUACUUUGUAAUGUGGGCGCUUGUGGCUGCAAUUCCUUGCCAAGACCGUGGCCUUCAAAUGCAUUUCCAUGUCACUAGGCAAUUCAUUUGGGGUGCUCCACUUCUCUCCCUCCAUGAGAGGAUCUUGGAGGAGUCGAGGAAGAGGGAGCGUAGAAAUGCUACUGGAUUGUUGAAGGAGAUUCGUCAAAUCGAGAAAUGUGCGCGCCACAUGAAUGAACUAACUGAUACGAUUCACUUCCCGCUUUCAGAGGAAAAGGAAGGGGAAGUGAAGCAAAGAGUUCAAGAGCUUGGGCAAGUCUACUAUGGCCUAAAAGACGGAUUGGACCCUUUGGAACGCCAGGUAAGACAAGUGUUUCAUAGGAUUGUUCGAAGCAGGACCGAGGGCCUGAACUCUAUUGGAUGAGGGAUACAUGAGUUACAUAGGUAUAAAAACGGAAUCGAGGUUCCAUUUAGAGUUGUAGUAAUCGAGUGUGUGUGUGUGUGUGCACCCAUUGUUGGAAGAGCAGAUUAUGCUCUCAAUUUUCCCCUUGUUGCUUUUCUUUUAUUUCUGUUUGCCCUAUUUUAGAUGAGAAGAAGAGGGAGGAUGAAAUGGUGCAAUGUCCCAAAAUAGUUUAUAGACGUAAAGUUAUGUAUUUAUCACUAUGUAUCAUGAAAGAAUGCAAAAUAGCUGGAUCUUUGGUCCAUGUUGUAGUGUUCAUCAUAGGAUUGUAUUAAAGUUGCUCAGUUUUCUUUUAGCUCUGUAACUGAGUUUCUUAUUUUGUUUACAUUGGCUGUAAUUGUUGAUAUAUAUAUAUAAAUGCAUUAUGCAUU